CUUUCCACACUACAUGGCAAAAUGGCACAUAUAGGAAAUUGGGAAAAAUUCAAAUUGUUAACAUGGAAAAAUUGGCUACUACAAUGGCAUCACAAAAUUCAAUUUGUGAUCGAAAUAUUGGCGCCUGUGGUAUUCGCAUUGCUGAUGGUGUUGGUGCGAAUGCUGGUUGUGGCCGAACCGAAAGAUCUUAGCAUAUAUCCACCACAAAAUAUCGAUAAUAUUGAUUUAUUUAAAAAAGAAAUGUCUCUUCUCCAAUUUGCAAAACCCGUAACCUAUUCACUACAAUAUUCACCGGACAAUCCUUUUCUAAAGAAUAUCGUUUGCGAUGCUGCCAAGAGUCUCAACUUAACCUGUCAAGGAUAUCCUGAUGCGGCAGCAUUAGAAUUUGCCAUGGUCUCAAAUAGCUAUUUAGCCGGUGUACAAUUCGAUGAUAGUUGGAGUAAUUUAACCGAUUACCCACAAAAAUUUGCCUUUUCACUACGCUACCCCAGUGAAUUGAGAACCGAUGAAUCAAAUUUGGGUAUGACAUGGUUAACAAUGAAACUGUUUAUGCCAUUGGAUUUGAGCGGACCACGUAAUCCAAGCGCAGCAGAUGGUGGUUUACCCGUGGGUUAUAUACGUGAAUCGUUUCUGCCCGUCCAGCAUGCCAUUUCAAUGGCCUAUGCAAAAUUGGUAACACAACGAACAGAUUUGCCCGAGGUGACAAUGCAACGUUAUCCCUAUCCGGCAUAUAUUUAUGAUCCCCUGCUGGAGGGUAUGGCAAGUUUUGUACCAUUGAUCAUAUUGUUGAGUUUUAUUUAUCCCUGUUCGAAUAUUGUUAGGAACAUUACUGCCGAAAAGGAGAAACAGCUGAAAGAAGUCAUGAAAAUCAUGGGCCUGGAUAAUUGGCUACAUUGGACCAGUUGGUUUUGUAAAAACUUUAUUCUGUUGGCAAUAUCGGCUAUACUCGUUACUAUUAUCAUGAAGAUCGAAUGGUCAAAUGGUGUUGCCGUGCUAACACAUGCCGAUUGGUCUGUCCUGCUAUUCUUCUUCCUGAUCUAUGUGAUAACGAGUAUCUGUUUCUGUUUCAUGAUGGCUACAUUUUUCUCAAAAGCAAGCACUGCAGCCGCUGUUACUGGCUUGAUCUGGUUCAUUGCCUAUAUGCCCUUUUCGUUUAUGUUCCAAACCUAUGACGAAUUGAGUUUGGGCACUAAAUUAGGUUGGUGUUUGAUCUCAAAUACGGCCAUGGGUUUGGGUUUAAAGCUAAUUAUGCUUUUUGAGGGCACGGGUGAGGGAUUCCAAUGGAGUAAUCUCUUCGAACCGGUUAACAUUGAUGAUGAUUUGACUGUUGGCUAUAUCAUUCUGAUGAUGUUGGCAUCUUGUGUGUUAUAUAUUGCAAUUUGCCUCUAUGUGGAACAGAUAUUCCCUGGCGAUUUUGGUGUUCCCAAGAAAUGGAACUUCAUUUUCACACGCAGUUUUUGGUUUGGUGAUCGUGAAUAUAUUGGUGUUGAAGAUAUACCCGGCGGUCAUGUGGAGCGUAAGAAUCCCGAUGCAUUUGAACCAGAACCAGCUGGCAAACAUAUCGGCCUGCAAGUUAGAAACCUAAAGAAACGUUUUGGCGAUAAAGAAGCUGUGCGCGGUGUAUCUGUCAAUAUGUACGAAGAUGAAAUAACAGUGCUUUUGGGUCAUAAUGGUGCCGGUAAGACAACAACAAUAUCCAUGCUGACGGGCAUGUUCCCACCCACAUCCGGUACGGCCAUUAUCAAUGGCAGUGAUAUUCGCACAAAUAUUGAAGGUGCCCGCAUGUCUUUGGGUAUCUGUCCGCAACACAACGUGCUCUUCGAUGAUCUGUCUGUGGCCGAUCACUUGAUUUUCUUUAGUCGUUUGAAGGGUUUGAAGGGUGAUGCCAUAACGCAGGAAGUAAAUAAAUAUAUUCGCAUGAUUGAAUUGGAAGAUAAGGCAAAUGUGGCCUCCAGCAAGCUGUCGGGCGGUAUGAAACGUAAGCUAUCAGUUUGUUGUGCACUUACCGGUAAUACGAAAGUCGUAUUGUGUGAUGAACCUUCAUCGGGUAUGGAUCCAUCGGCUAGACGUCAAUUAUGGGAUUUGCUGCAAUCGGAAAAAGUUGGCCGCACCGUGCUGUUGACAACGCAUUUUAUGGACGAAGCAGAUGUUUUGGGUGAUCGUAUUGCCAUUAUGUGUGGCGGUGAAUUGAAGUGUCAUGGCACAUCGUUUUUCUUGAAAAAGAAAUAUGGUUCGGGUUAUAAAUUGAUCUGUGUAAAACGUGACGGUUGUAAAAGUGAAGAACUUACAGCUCUACUGCAAAAAUAUGUACCCAAUAUACAACCUGUUGCCGAUAUUGGUGCGGAAUUGUCAUAUGAAUUGCCCGAUAAAUAUUCACAUAUUUUUGAAGAAAUGUUUAGAGAUUUGGAAAAUAGUUCAGAUGAUCUGAAGUUAAAUGGUUAUGGUAUCGGUAUAACAUCACUGGAAGAGGUAUUUAUGAAAGUGGGUGCAGAGGGUAAUGCUGCAACCAAUAGCGAAACGAAUAAUAAACAAAUUGCGAAUAAUGGUAUGAAUGGUGCCGCUCCCACUGCCUAUCCUGAAGAUGAUGUCGAAUCAAUAACAUCCGACAGUUUAUUCUCGGAAAACACCCGCCUACUCAAGGGCGUUAAUUUACUGCGCAACCAAUGGGAUGCCAUGAUCUUGAAAAAAGUUCUCCAUACAUGGCGAAACAAAUUACUGUUCAUCAUACAAAAUCUUAUGCCAAUAUUUUUUGUAGUUAUGACAAUUAUAAUCACCCGAACACAGGGUACAUUCAGGCCAUUGGAACCGAUGACAAUGAGCCUGACUCAGUAUCCUGUGGCUGUUACUGUUCUAGAUACAGCUCCCGAUGUUGUUCCCGGUUCACUUUUGGCAAAAAUUGCCGGUGCCUAUAAAACGGUAGCAACAUCGUACGGUAGCGAUUAUGAAUUGGAAUUAACCGGCAACAAAAAUUUUACCGAAUACAUUUUGGAUUUGGGUCGCAGCAUACAAGUGAGAAUCAAUUCAAGAUAUUUGGCAUCCGCAUCGAUACGAGGAAAUAACUCAAUUGUCGCAUGGUUAAAUAAUCAGCCGCUGCAUACGGCACCAUUGACGGCGAAUUUGGUACACAAUGCCAUUAUAAAAGCUGCCAUGAAUGAGUCCUAUGAAAUUACCGUUACAAAUGCCCCCCUACCCUAUACCACAGAAACGGUAUUGAAACAAUUGAAUGUCGGCAAUAAUCUGGGUACACAGUUAUCGACGAAUUUAUGUUUCUGUUUUUGUUUUGUGAGUGCUUUCUAUAUUUUGUUCCUGAUCAAAGAACGUGAAUCACGUUCCAAGUUAUUGCAAUUUGUGGGCGGUGUUAAUGUUUGGGUAUUCUGGAUAUCACAAUUCCUAUGGGAUAUUAUGACGUUUACACUGACAGCGUUAAUUGUGGUCUUUACGAUAGCAUGCUUCCAGGAAGAUGGCUUUUCGACAUUUUCAGAUUUGGCACGCUAUUUCUUAGUUAUACUUAUCUUCGGAUUUUCGGUGCUUCCAUUUACAUACCUGAUGUCACUGUUCUUCGCGGAGCCAUCUUCUGGUUUUGGCAAAAUUUCAAUUAUCAACAUAUUCUGUGGCAUGGCUCUGUUUAUUGCGGUGGCUGUAAUGUCCAUUGACUAUUUGGGUACCAAAGACACGGCCGAUCUGUUGGGAUGGAUCUUCAGAGUAUUUCCGCACUUCUCCUUAGCCUUGGGUCUUAAUAAGCUAUAUGUUAAUGUGGCCACACGUGAGGCUUGCAGUAAUCCUGUUAUUUCCAUUCUACCCGAUGCCCUGCGUUGUCAACUUGUGCCGAAAUGCUGUUACACAACUCCCUAUUUCGCUUGGAAAGAACCCGGUAUUUUGCCCGAAACUGUUUAUUUAGUUGCCACAUUUGUGGUGUUCUUUACGAUAUUGAUCUGCCGCGAAUAUGGUAUUUUGAAUGAGUUGAUCUACAAAUGGAAACAAAGGAAUUUCAAACCAACACCCCCUGCUGAAGAUGCCUACCAUGAUGACGAUGUUGAAGCGGAGAAGGAGAAAAUCCUCAGAAUGUCACAGUCGGAAUUACAAAGCCAAAAUUUGGUAUUGGAUCGCGUUACGAAAUAUUAUGACAGCUUUUUGGCUGUCAAUCAAAUUUCGCUGUGUGUUAAACCAGUUGAAUGCUUCGGUUUGCUCGGUGUAAAUGGUGCCGGCAAAACGACCACCUUUAAAAUGAUGACCGGUGACGAACGCAUCACCAGCGGCACAGCCUAUGUUAAAGGUAUGAAUUUGGCUGCGGAUGUCAACAAGAUAUACAAAGAAAUUGGCUACUGUCCACAAUUCGAUGCCCUACUAGACGACUUGACGGGUCGUGAAACUUUACGGAUAUUCUGUUUACUGCGUGGUGUACAACGUGAUCGCAUCGAUUACAUUUCCCUAGAAUUGGCAAAAUCAUUUGGUUUUAUGAAACAUUUAGAUAAGCCGACAAAAGCCUAUAGUGGUGGUAAUAAACGUAAAUUAAGUACGGCCUUGGCUGUUAUUGGUAGUCCGUCGGUUAUCUAUUUGGAUGAACCCACCAGCGGUAUGGAUCCGGCAGCCAGACGGCAGUUGUGGAAUAUGGUUUGUCGUAUUCGUGAUUCGGGUAAAUCGAUUAUUCUCACAUCACAUAGUAUGGAAGAAUGUGAGGCAUUGUGUACCCGUCUGGCCAUUAUGGUUAACGGUGAAUUCAAGUGUAUUGGUUCGACACAACAUUUGAAGAAUAAAUUCUCCAAGGGUUUGAUUUUGAAGAUUAAAGUUAAACGUAACACUGAUGCUGUGAAAUCCGGAAGAAACAGUGUCAGCUUGGCCAUUGAAAGUACCGCAGCUCAUAUUCGUGAACAAGACAUUGAAACAGUUAAGAGUUUCAUUGAAACCGAAUUUCCGCAAUCCAUUUUACAGGAAAAUUACAUGGGUAUUCUUACCUUCUACAUUCCAUUGUCCAGUAUUAAAUGGUCGCAAAUAUUCGGCCUUAUGGAAAGUAAUCGGGAUCGUUUGAACAUUGAAGAUUAUUCAAUAUCACAGACAACAUUGGAAGAGAUUUUCUUAGAGUUUGCCAAAUAUCAGCGUGAAGAUAGCCGUCAAACAGCCAAAAGUUAUUUUUUCAGAUUAAUAAACAAUUAAUUGGAACAUC